AGCACCAUCGCCUUUUCCUCGGAUUCCACCUGUGCCAGCAGCACCUCGUGGGGUCCCAGCUGUGCCCUCAGCACCAAGAGACGGACACGGAUGCUGAACAAAGGGAUCCAGGCGGGAGACCUGGAGAUUGUGAACGGUGCGACCAAGAGGAACACCCGAGAUGUUGGAUUGACUUUCCCAACGCCAAGACCCGUCCAGCCAUCCCAAAGCAUCCCUCGGGAAUGCUGGCAUCGUGUCCAUGGGACUUCAUGGUUUGUCCCAGGAGAAGGCUUGAAAUCCGAAUCUAGGAAAGAAAACCAUUCCAGUGCCGUUUCUGGCCCUGGGCCAUCCUGGUUCGAGCCCUGGACCAACACCAAGCCCUGGAGGGAACCGCUCCGGGAGAAGAACUGGGAAGGGCAGCAGCACCUCGUGGUUCCAGCAGCAGCUCCGGACAGAGGGGCUGGGAAGGGGCCUGUGCUGCCCUUUGUGAAGCUCACGCUGCAGGAGGCUCUGGCCGUUCAUCGCCCCGAUUUCAUCUCCCGCUCCGGGGAGCGAGUGAAGCACCUCAAGCUGGUGAUGGAGGAGAGGAGGAUCCAGAGGGGGCUGCAAUCCCAGCGGGAAGAGCUGGGGAAUUCUCUCGGGAAGAGAAAAGGCUGCAGGAGUUCCACUCACCUGCUGGCCGACAGAGAAUUUUAA